UUUGAAUAUACAUUGCCAGAGAUGAAGGAUCAAAUAAUUAUCCUAUCUGUUCUAGUAAUUUCAGUUCGUAUUCACCACUGUAGAAGUGUUGAAACUUUAGUGGAUAUAAAGAAGCAAACUGAAGACGGUUACUACUUCAAGUAUACUACGAAUGAUGGACAAGAGAGACAAGAAACUGGAAAGUUUGAGAAACUUGGAGAUAACCUGAUUUCCCGAUUAACUGUAUCCUAUUCAUAUAUGUUCACUGACGGAAGACUAUUCAAAGUAUGGUAUGAGGCGGAUGAAAGAGGUUAUAAACCACGAAUUCAGUUGAUACCAGUGUCAAAAACUAUACAGCAUGGAGCACAAGUGAAGAAAGCAGAAAUGGUCAACAAUUCUCCUUCAAAUAUACUCGAAACGACUACAACCGAAGGGGUUGCAGAAGUUGAAGAGUUUACAUUUUUUCCACCUCCAGCACCCAUUUCCUCUUCGGCAAUAGCUUCCUUGGCCGGAGGCGGACUUGGCUGAAUAUUUGUUUCAUAAUUUGAUAUUUACAGUGUGUUCACAUCCGAAGAGCUUUAGAAUUUUGAAUAAAAAAAUCGUUAAAACAAGUU